CCGCCUUCAGCACCGGCGGCGGCGGAUCAAACGCGCUUUCUGCGGCGGAGCGGGCGGUCGCAGCCUCGCGCCCUUCCAUCUCUUUUUGUUUUGGGAUACGUACCGGAUUUCUAUUGUUCAUAUUAUUGCUCAGGAUCCACAUUUCUCUCUCUGUUCAUCCUGACGCGGCAUCAUCGGAUUCCAUGCUCGUUACCGCCACAGCGAUCCUACUCUCUCUCUCUCUCUCUGCUUCUCUCCGGGAAUCAGGAUCACCUCUGCUGUAUUGCACACAGCGUAGAUUUUCUUUGUGCAUCACGCCAUGCGGUUGAAAUCCGACCCUGACCCGGAUCCUGGAUGCACGGAUUAAUCUUGUUGAGAAAAAGCUUUUUUUUUUUUUAAUGCAAUUUUUUGUGCAUCUGGUAUAACUCGUACUAACUGGAUGUUUGGACAAACUUAACGCUCUGGAUGUGUGAUCGCGCUCCGUGCACGAGCGCGCCCCGGAUCAUGUCGUCGCUAAGCGUGUCGAGUUGAAGUUGCUGCAACUCCGCAUCGUUUGCUCUCACUUGAAAGUUAGCGGAACCGAAAAUCCAUCCAGAGCGCGAGCGAUGACGCGCGCGCACAGACACAGAGAGGGAGGGAGAGCGAGCGCGCGCGCGCGCGCGAGCGAUGAGCCUCGCGCAUUCUGAUAAAGCCAUUUACACCAAAAACUUUUGUCACUCGUUCGGUCACGCAGCCGGUGUGUCUCUCCGAGCUUCAGAAAGCAUACUUCGUAUAAAAUAGAUGGCGUUCCGGAAGUUACCCGGUGUGUCCGUGUCAGCCAUGGGGCUCCGCUUGUCUCAGAAAUUCGCCUUCCUUCUUUUCCUCUCCGGUUUGGUCACGCUGUGCCUCGGCGCGCUGUUCUUCCUCCCGGACUCCGUUCGCCUCACGCGCAUCUUCUCGCGCGACAGCUCGAGCGCGAGCUCGAACGCGAACGCGGCGGCGGCGGCGGCGGCGAACACGGCGGCGACCCAGAUGCUCGAGCGCGCGGAGAAGGCGCGCGCGGAGCGCGAGCGCAGCGCGCCGCUUAAACCCGAGCCGCACGGCAAGCCCCGGGUGAGCCGCAAGCCCGCAGUGACGCGCGGAGACGCCACCGGCACCGGCACCGCGGAGAGACCGCGCGAGGAGCGCAGAGAGCGGGAGCGGGAACGGGAACGGGAGAGGGAACGGGCGAAGGAGAGGGCGACCGAAGGAACCACGUCGAAAAGCGGCCACGCUUACGACACCUUCCGAAAGUGUCUGCUCAAACCCGCGCUCGGGAACGACCGGGGCAAACCGGCAGAUCAGCAGACUGUUCAGAGGAGGGAUAAAGUCAGAGAGAUGAUGAAAUUUGCCUGGGAUAACUACAGACACUUCGCGUGGGGGCAGAAUGAGCUCCGGCCGCUCACCAAAAACGGUCACAUCGGCAAUAUGUUCGGGGGUCUACGGGGGGCCACCAUUGUGGAUUCUCUGGAUACACUGUACAUCAUGGGUUUAACAGAGGAUUAUAAAGAGGCUAAAGAGUGGAUACGCACCAGCCUGGACCUGGACUUGAAUGGAGAGGCCUCUGUCUUUGAGGUGAAUAUACGCUACGUAGGAGGCCUGCUGUCUGCGUACUACCUCACAGGAGAAGAGGUGUUUAAGCAGAAGGUCCUGGAGCUCGGUGAGAAGCUGCUGCCGGCAUUCAGCACUCCGACUGGAAUCCCACGAGGAGUCAUUAACCUGGGCAGUGGCACCAGUUGGAAUUGGGGAUGGGCGUCGGCCGGGAGCAGCAUCCUGGCUGAAUUUGGGACGUUGCACCUGGAGUUCAUGCACCUGACGGAACUUUCCGGGAACCCCAUUUUCACAGAGAAGGUGAUGAACAUCCGAAAGCUGCUGGACAGGAUCGAGAAGCCGCAGGGCUUGUACCCCAAUUUCCUGAGCCCCGUCAGUGGGAACUGGGUCCAGCAUCACGUUUCUCUUGGAGGCCUAGGAGAUAGCUUCUACGAGUACCUGAUCAAAUCAUACCUGAUGUCAGACAAGACGGAUGAGGAGGCAAAGCGAAUGUACUACAGCGCUCUGGAGGCAAUAGAAACCAACUUGGUGAAAAAAUCUUCAGGAGGUCUUACAUAUGUGGCUGAAUGGAGAGGUGGAAUUCUCGACCAUAAGAUGGGGCAUCUGGCUUGUUUUGCUGGUGGGAUGGUGGGCAUCGGGGCAGAUGAUGGCUCUCCAGAAAAGAGGCAGCAUUACCUAGAUCUGGCAGCCGAGAUCACAAACACAUGCCAUGAGUCUUACAGCCGCUCAGCCACUAAGCUCGGCCCGGAGGCUUUCCGCUUCGACGGAGGUGAAGAGGCGACGGCCACCAGGCUGAGCGAUCGCUACUACAUCCUGAGGCCAGAGGUCAUCGAGAGCUACAUGUACAUGUGGCGUCUGACCCACGAUCCCAAGUACAGGGAGUGGGGCUGGGAGGCAGUGGAGGCGCUGGAGAAAUACUGCCGCACUGAAGGAGGAUAUUCGGGGAUCAGAGACGUGUACACCACCGCGGUCAGCCAUGAUAACAUGCAGCAGAGCUUCUUCCUGUCUGAAACUCUAAAAUACCUGUACCUGCUUUUCUCCGACGACGACCUGCUGCCCCUUGAUGACUGGGUGUUUAACACCGAGGCUCAUCCUUUACCCAUCGUCCGUAAAAGCUGCUUAGUGGAGCACAGCGGCACCACACGAGACACUCAACACACACAUCCAGUGUAACCUGCAAUGACGCACCCCGAUACACACGCACAGCAAGACAGGGCGUCGGUUUCACUGGCCCUGCCGCAGCCUCUCUGCUCCUUCUUCUGGAAAGGAUCUCGCGCUGCCCGCUGUGAUUGUAAUACCUGAGCCGGGACAUUCUCUGUGGACAAUCAAAAUGAAAAUUACUUUUUUUGUGAUGAGAGCACCUUUGUUCCCUUCUUUCUUUCCUCCGUGAGGAAAAUGGAAUAUACUUCAGGCCAAGAUUAGCGGGGUGGGCACCGCCUCAUCACGGGCUACUUCGAGAGAGAAAGAGAAAAAUCGCUUCACUUUUCUUCAGCACUAUGUUAUUUCUGUCCAUCUUUUUACUCUUUUUUACAAGCUACUGACAGGCGAUUUGUGAACGAUUUCUUUUUAUUAAUGACUCUUUCAAGGGAUUCGCAAGCUCGAAAGAAUAGAAAGCGACAAAUAUUCAGCAAACAUAACAAGUUAUUUUUUUAAGAAUUAGUACAUCACCCCGCUACCAUAACAUGAUUUGCCUUCCCAUCUUAUCUUGUCUUACCUACAGUACAUUCACCAGUUGCAUCCUUAUUUACAUUCCCCAUAGUGUUACCAGAUUUGCGCUCCCUAUGUUCUUAUGUAUUUGAUCUGCCUUCCCAGUGUUUCAUGUCCGUCUGCGCUGCUGCAGUUGUAACUUAAUUGGACCCCCCUCAUCUCAUGCCAUGAUCUUUGAUUCAACAUUGUUUCCCUGUAUUUUACCCAAUAUGCCUUAUUUGUGUCAUUACCCAAUCUGCGUCCCCACGUUGUAACUCAGUAUGCAUUGGUUAAGUCACAACAUUUCUUACUGUGACUAUCACUCCUUCUGUAGCCAGCUUGUGUUUAUGGUAGCAUUACCAUAUCUGGCCCUAUUGUAACUC